GUUUAAAGGUUGGCCGCUUUGGGGAGUGGGCACGCAUUCGCUGUCGAGAUAGAGGACGGGCAAGACGGGAAUAAAUAGGGGGUCUACGGAGGGGGCCACAGAUUAAACACAGGGGACUCCGCAGCACUUGCAGGGAAGACCGUGAACGGUCAAGACCUGUCCGCCUUCGUCACCCGUCUUCGUCCGGCGCAACAGCAGUGAGGACGCAUGGUGAUGGGUGAGCGGGAGCCGCCCCGUCUGGCUGCGCCAGACGAGCCCCUGGAGGGAGAAGAGGAGGAGGAGGACGGCGUCGCCGCCGGGCGCUCCGAGCGGGAGCUGCAGGACACGUGCACGUACAUCGUGCAGGACCAGCCCUGGCCGGGGCCUCUUCCCGGAGCGGCGCCGCGCGCCGAGGCCACGCUGCCACGCAACCUCCGCUUCCACGUCUCACACACGGGACAGGUGGUGGGGGUGCUGAGCAGAGAGUUCAUCCCCAAGGGGACCCGCUUCGGCCCACUGCAGGGCGACGUCUACCUGCGCGACGCCGUGCCGCAGAAUGCCAACCGGCAGUACUUCUGGAGAAUCUACCGGCACGGGGAGCUGCAGCACUUUGUGGACGGCUGGGACGUGAGCCGCAGCAACUGGAUGCGCUUCGUGAACCCGGCGCGGUCGCGGCGCGAGCAGAACCUGGUGGCGUGCCAGCACGGCGACGACGUCUUCUUCUACACGCUGCGCGGGGUCUCCCCCGGGCGCGAGCUGCUCGUGUGGUACUCGCCCGAGUACACGCGGCGCAUGGGCCAGGCACACCACCGGCUGCAAGACGAAGAGCCCGAGAGUGAUGAUCGUUCAGCGCCAGCGGCCGUCGAGAGAGACGCCAAGCGCAGGAGAGGCGAUGACGCAGAGCGGAUGGAGGCCCCGGCUCUGGCCGCUGAAGAGAGGGGCACAGCACCCCUUUGCACUGUUGAGGAGCAGCGAGGGGAGAGUCGAGACAGGCCUGAGAAUCGAGAGGCGCCCGUGGCAGAGGAGUGGAGGCACCCCCACCCUGAAACCAUCAGUCGCUGCACGACGAGCGACAAAAGCCAUGUGGACUCCUCUGGCAGGGUCAGGGUUAAGGUGAAGAGGGAAUGCCCCGCAGAAGUGACCAAAGUUGACGAGAAUCUCAGGAGUUUUACCGCUGGUCAACCGAGCCACCAACCUUCGUUAAAGCCGCCUAAGAGCACCCACCACGAUCUGCUGACCGGCAGCAGCAGGGGCGUGAGGUGUGACUUCGACCAGGUCGUCCCAUCUCCCGGAGAGCUGUCCUCUGGUAAAUCCACCCCCUCGGACCGAGUGAGUCCCAGUCAGAGCAUGUGCCCUUCUCUUGCACCUCCUGUUCUCCCUCCUCCUCCGAAGCGAACGUCAGUCAUCUACAGCUCGGUGUCCAGCGCGCCGCCUUCAAAGCCCAGCUACGCACCGAGCCUCAGCGAGCUGUAUGGCCGGACGCACGUGCUGGAGGGCUUCCCUUCAGGCCUGCAAGCCGAGUACCUCUCGUCCACGUUCCUGCAGCCUAUGGGAAGGACGAUGCCCUUCAUGUACCAGGGAUUUAUGUUCCCAAACUACCCGAUGAACGUGAGCAGGAUGGACAUGUUCUCCUCCUGGGUGCAUCCCGUGUCUCUGCACCCUGCCAUUGUCGCACCCCCACCGGCCAUCCCCACGGCCUCCUCUCUCGCCGCCGAGCACGAGUUCGGCUUCGGCUCGGGGAAGUGCCCCAAGAACCGCCUGGUCGUGGCUAAGAACAGCGCCUUUUCUCCACCGGCGCUGUCCGCCGCGCAAAGGGACGCCAAGAACGGGGACGCGGGCUACCGGCAGGACGCGGCUGCGCUGGAGAUCUUCCGGGGCUUCUCCUACCCGCCGAGGUCUCCCGACGGCGGCUACCGGCACGCGUCCCCGUGCAGGAGGAAGCCACCCGGCUUGCCUCGCUCCCCGGACCACACGGCGCUGAGCCGGUGCGACCCGUGGAGCAUCUUCUCGCCGCGGCUGGAGGACGCGAAGCUCGCGGCGCUCGCGGCUGCGCGACCGGCGGCGGUGCGCCCGGCGGUGGCACCGGAGGAUUACGGCUACGGCUCGCCCAGCGAUUACGCGGCGCAGGCCCAGGGCCAGCAGCAGGGGAGAGGCGCCAAGUCGGCGUGUGAUCGCCAGCCGCCGCAAACGGAGUCGAGGGCGAAAGGGAACCUGAGCGUGAACGGUCACACGGUGCCAUACCCGCUGAAAAAGCAGAACGGCAAGACCAUCUACGAGUGCAACAUCUGCGGCAAGACCUUCGGGCAGCUCUCCAAUCUGAAGGUCCACCUGCGCAUCCACAGCGGCGAACGGCCAUUCAAGUGCCAGACGUGCGGGAAGGGCUUCACGCAGCUGGCGCACCUGCAGAAACACCACCUGGUGCACACCGGAGAGAAGCCCUACCAGUGUCAGGUGUGCUGCCGCCGCUUCAGCAGCACGAGCAACCUGAAGACCCACUUGCGCCUGCACUCGGGCGAGAAGCCCUUCCAGUGCAAGCUGUGCCCGGCCAAGUUCACGCAGUUCAUCCACCUGAAGCUCCACCGGCGCCUGCAUGCUCGCGAGCGGCCCCACCGUUGCGCCAACUGCCAGCGCAGCUACAUCCACCAGAUCAGCUUGAGCCUGCACCUCAACGGCUUCUGCCCAUCUCAGCAGGGGCCUACGGCGGUGGCGUCCGAGCAGCAUCAUCCCCGAGCCUCCUGUGAAGGUUUCGCCGACGUGGAGCUCGGAGGCUCGGCCGCGUUGAGGGCCCCGACGCUGGAUCUUCUCGGGCGUCAUGGGCACAAUGGCUCGACGGCGGCGGUGGACUUGCAGGCGUCCCCCGUGUCGUGGCAUCCAGCCGAGCUGCAGGCUUUCCCCGAGUCCAGGUCUGAACAGGACCCUCUGGUCGGGGUCAACCAGGAGAUCGACAUUUUCGACGUGAGCGAGGAGGCGGAGAAGUUGUCCAUGCAUCCCCACGUCGACGUCGAGAGCAAGAUCCUGAGCACUUUUUGCCCGGCGAACAGAGGCCUGGCUUUCCUGAGCUUGUCCGAGGAGGUCAAAAAGCUCUUGGAGUUUGCUGGGUUGGACAUGACGUCGGAGGACGCGGCGAUGGGAGGGGGCGGCAUUCCUCCAGAGCGAGGUGUGGGUUCCCAGAAAGAUGAGUCGCUCGUCGGUGGGAGCCGUGGCUCGGGGCAAGGCGAUAUGCCGCAAUUCAAAAUUAACCAAAAUGUGGCCAGCAUCGUAAAAGGGCCAGAAUGUUGAAACCACAACCCCCGAUUGAAAAACUCUCUCACCAAAGGCAUUAUUUUUACAACUCCAGCCUGUCAAAAACACAAAAAAAAUCUAAAAUACUUGUUGUGUUGCAGAUUUUGAUCAUCUGUUGUAAUAUUAUUUUUCGACAUCGUUUUGAAGGUCAGGCCUUGAUGGUCGUCUCGAUGCCACGGUUAUGAGUCCUCUUAAACUUGUGCCGGAAAUGCAAGCAAAGGAGUGUCUCACCGUGACGUUCUUAAAGCCCGCAUUUGGAUUGAAUGGUGCAAGUGAAAAGGAAUAACAUUUUUCUAAAGUUUCCCGAUCAAGCGCAUACGACGGCGAUAUUUAACGUGUAACUUAUGUGUGAGGAUGUUUUUUGUUGUUCGUUAAAAGCUAAAAAUUGCUAGACAAUCGGCGCACGUGGAAUGUUUCCAUACAUCUAAAGUAACUUUUUCUUACCUGUAAUAAACAAAUAUAUAUAUUUUAUCAUACAAGCCAUUAGUUUUAUACAUGCGUGUAGCAGCCGUGGCGUUGUCUAAAUGCAUUGCGUGACUUGCAGGUCAAGCUAUUAUUAUUCUUCUUCUUCUUCACGUGAUUUUCCCCUCUGAUCUGUUUUGGUAGCUUUCACUUUUUUGGGGGGAAAUAGCUCUACAAAUCAAAUACCUCUUUGUUGUUAGAUUUUAACAAUAAACAAACAAAGCUCAGGUUUGUCGUGAUGCAGGUUUGGGGUAGACUGCGUAAUAUAUGUUGGCUUCAGCACAAAAAGUGACGGACUUUAAAUAGCAUCGUGGAUUCUUAGCAGAUACUGUACGGGUCGUUUCCUUUUGAUAGUUAUCAAUAAAAAUAAAUUCCCGACAAGAUAUACUAAUAAUUUUCACGAUUUAGGUAAUUUAAUGUUUAUUGUAACUGUGUACAUUGUGACUCACUAAUUAUAUAUUUUGUUUUCUCGAUGGCCGCCAUUGUUUUUUUUUUUUAAAGAAGGGACAUCGCAGUUCUCCGGAAAUGCACAACUGCAGCUCACAUUUCAUAUGGCCGUGGUUCUCCGGAUUUAUAUGACACCACUUUCACCCUCACCCUGUGUGUUCGAGAAAAAUAGUCAGGUCAACAAUGCGUUUUAUAAUCCAGUGUGUGUGUUGGAGGGAGCGGUGGCGAAGCGGUUAGCGCGCUCCGCUACAAACCCAGCGACCUCGAGUUUGAUUCUUGCUCACGGUCGACACCGGUGACGAUUAUCUGAACUGGCCUGGGCCUCCCCUAGGUCGACUCAGCCUCAAAUGGGUACCUGGUGCGAUGUGUAAACAUCGCCACUGGCGAGACAAAGGCCAAUCACCCCCUCGUGUGCCGUGCCGGCCUUCAUGGGUGCUCACUAACAGCACUUUUCCUAACAGUCUGUUAAGGCUAUACGGGGGAUCUUUGUCUUUGUUUUGUGUAACCACAUUUGUACAGCUUUAUUGACAACGGGCACAAGUUACUGAUGCGUCUUACUUUUCUGACCCGUCUUAUUAUCCGGAGAAUAUGGUAACAUUAAAAUGAAUCACAAAUGCCUGCUGUAUUUAAAAUAUUGUUUAAUCGCUUACGAUUUCACUGACAUAAAAUGACCGCUUAAAUCUCUUCUCAUUUAACACUUUUUGUUGUUUAUGUAUUGUUCGCAAUUAAAGUAAGGUCAUGGUAGUAACUGUUAUUUAAGAAUGCUGAUGAGUGCAGUAUCCGGUAAAUGAUGUAGUUUUGGGGAAACAAUAUUACGCAACGGAGCAAUUGGAACAUCUUUCACAAUGAUGUUCAUGCCGACCGGAAGAAGAUUUGCCCACAAUGGUUCCCAGCAACGAGUGAGGAAAAGCUGCACUGAGAGGCAAACGUGGCCCACAGCAUUAGAGCACAUUCACGCCGACACAUGCAAAUGGCAAAGGCACAGCCCUGCAAUUGCCGGGAUCACACCGCUGCUGGAAGAAAAGCCUCAACUAGCAGGAGCCUCGAGAGAGCCCUUCUUGAAGGGUGUUUUGGCCUACUCUUCCACGCAGGCCAAACGUUUUGGCGGAGGUGGGGUUGACUGACAUACGGCUUCCACAAAUACACACUCGCACGUGCGCGCGCAAACCACUGACACAACUUCUCGUGACUGUGCAGUAUCAAUUGCAACUGUUACCUAUCCAUCAGCAGCAAUGGGGCAAAUUUGUUGUUUUUCAUUUUUUUCUUAACAUUGUACAGCUGGACAUUCAUUUUGUACGGUUGUUCUCAUUGACUAAUUAAACACAAUGUUAC